AUGCUCACGCAGGGCGACGUCGUCCGCCUCUUCACGAAACCCGAACCUCCCCCUCAGCAAAUCGCCUUCUCCAUCCUGCACGCCUACACAUGGUCGAAAGCGCGGCGAGGCAACCUUCCCUCCGAGAUCCUCGGCAAGCUCCUCUCCAUCGUCCGCAAGCUGCACCAGAAAGGCGGCCAUGCCCUCUCGCCCAACUCGCCUAUCCUCGCCGCGUUCGAGGCGAUCAAGACGCAGUUGAUGGCUGUCAAUCGCAAGUGGCUGCAGAUGGGCGCGCAGGCGUUUGGUCCGCUUGGAGCGAUUGGAGCGACGGGAGGACACCCAGACGCGAAGUGGGCGUGGACGAAAGCGACAGACGGGCUGGUGAAAGACUUUCCCGACGGCGACGGAUCAGGGGCGAUGGGAUGGGUACCGGGCGAGCUGGACGCAGGACGAAUUGUCGGACCCGAGUUUACCGACUCGGCGGAUCCCUUCGCGUCGCUGUAUCGCAACGGCCAAAUCCCGCCUACCGACGUCGACUUGAAUGCACCGCCAGGGUACGACGGUCCGCCUCAGCCGGACGACGAGGUGGUGCAGGCGCUCAACGACCGGAUCAGGGACGACGCAGCCGGCGUGCACACGCCAAAUCGGGAUUCGGUCGACGAGGACGCACUGCGGCAUCGAGUUGGCGGGUCGACCAGUCCAUCGCCGCCGCGGGAUCACAUUGACGAGGGUGCGGCACACCUUGCACGGCUGCGCCGGCUCAAGGAGGAGAAGGAGGCCCAGGAGGCAGCGCGGGAACAGUCGGCCGUCAAGACGUGA